CUUUUUCCAUAUUAGAAGUUACCCAAGAUGGCUGGAGUAGAGUACCUUACAGAAACAGAGGAGAGUGUACGGGCGCCUAUCUACCUAAAGGACGAAGACCAUGGUGACCUAGAGGGUGCUGACACACUAGAGAUUGUGAUAUGGCUGCGAGACAAGAAGGGACUUCACAUGGAACUUCAAGGCAAUGGUCACCAAGCCAAGGUCACAGAGCUUUUUGAGAAGAUUAGGGAAUCACGUAAUCUACCAGAAUAUGCUAAUAAAAUAUUCUCACUCUGGAUGGUGUCCCCCUUACUGGAAUUGCGACUGAAAGAUGACCACCAGCCAUUUGAGAUUGCUCAACUCUGGGACAGGUUUUGUAUGGAAUAUGCAGAUGCCAAGAGGGAUGAGAUUGCCCGAGAUGAACCUGUUGUUAUGGUUCAAAGGAACGUUUUUCUGUCGCUGAAGGAUGAGAAACUAUUUUGGAACACGGCUCCAGAGGAAGUGAUGACACUUCUAUAUCAUGAGGCUCAGUACAACAUUAUUAAUGGCCGCUACCUGUUAUCUGACUUUGACUAUGACUCUCUCGCCGGGAUCCAGGCCCUGUUGGAAAAGGGACCCUUCAGUAGAAGCCUAGAGUCCUACAAAGAUGACAUAAAAAACUACUACCCACACUUUUUGUGUAAGAGUAAGAAGUGGCGUGGACGGAAGCCAGUCACAGUUGAGCGCCUCAAGGAAGCUCAUCAAUUGGCAUUUGAAAAUACAGGGGACAUGACGAAAAGUCAGCUUUACUGCCAGUAUCUAAGCGUCUGUGCUAAAUAUCCAUUUUAUGGGUAG